UCGGGCCGGAGGAGAAAGCCUUCGUAUGUUCGUGUGACCGAUGGGCAUUUGCCUGUGUGUAUGUGUGUGAGUGUGCGUGUGUGCUCGUCUGAGUGCGAACAAGUUGACAUUAUUUUUUAUUUUUUAACAUCUUCCAUUGAAAGUCUUAAGAGUUAGCCAAGCCGAAAAAAAAAGCCAGAGAAAAAGAUAAACAAAAAAAAAGACUUUUAGCUACAACCGCUAAUGAACUCGAAGAAAACAAGUUUGCUCCAGGCAGCUUGUGAAAACAAGCCGCAUCUACGCAGUUUAACGAAACUCAGUUUUUUCCACAUCUUCAGCGACCCCGUUCAAGCUGGAGUCGAGGCUUCGUGGCCGGGGACGGACUAGCUGGUCGUAGCCGGGGUCGGUGGCUCGGUUUUUUGGGGAGAAAAGUGUGCCUUCUUCAUGUCCGCUAAUGAAGUUGUAGUUAGCGUCAUUUAGACAGUCACGCUAAAGUCGCUUAUUGGAGAGGGGGGGGGGGGGAGCCUCAGGCUGCUCAGUUAAGAUGUUAAAGACGCUGACGAAGAAGCUGAGAAGACAUUCCCUCAAUGAGAUACACCCCUUCCAGCUGAAGAUUUCUUACCACGGCGGUGGAGAGGGAGUUGAGAGCGAUGACUCAGAAGGCGAGAACCAGGAGCUUGCACAGAUUGACAGAGAGAGACGGAGAAACUGUGGACUCACCCCUCUGGCCACCAGCCAGCAGCACAACCAGGGUCCCCUCUCUCCGGCCCGGUUGCGACGCCUCCGCCUCCUUCUAGACGCCAACUUGGACCGCCACUCGUCAGAGGAAGAGCUGGAGAGAAUCAGCCGCGGCGACAACAAGAAGUGGAUGUCUGCGCUCCCCCAGCGCCACGGCGACCACCACAGCAGCGCCUCCAGCGACGAGGAGGUGCGGGACCUGUGCGGCUGCAGGUCGCCGCCCGCCGCCGCCCGGCCCCUGGGCGAGCCGGGGGCCUGCCUGGCCGCCUCUCCCAGCCCGGUGCUGUUCAGCUCCAGCCCACCCCGGAGCCUCAAGGCACCCCCCAUGAGGUUCCAGCUGCAGGUGGUGCAGCCGGUGGCGCGGCCCAUCAUCCUGACCCACUUCGACCAGGCGGCACCGUACAGGAAGCAUCGGCACAGUUACGGCGGAGAGCCAGGGAGACCCAGUCUGGAUCUGGAAAAAAUGCAACAGAAAAUGCUGCUGAAAAAGAACUGCGGAGGGAAGACGCGUACCAUGAAGAUCCGGAAUCUGACCGGCAGCCGUCCCCCGCCCAGGUACACCUACGAUCCCUCCAUCUUCGCCUUCCGCUCCCUGAGCACGGCCCCCCCCUGCAGCCCCCUGACUCCCUCCGACGAUCCUCCGUGCUCAUAGGGGAAGACGCCGGCCUACGCCCGCCCCCCCCGCCCACCUCUUCAUUCCCACACAGCUGCUUUUUUUUGUGGCUUUUGCAGCGAGAUCAAAGAGUGACUGCUCUGAAACGGACCACUGGAGAGACUUGUGAUUGGUGGUGGAGCUGUCGCUCUCUCAGGUAACCCCCCCCCCC